AGAAAGUCACUUCUAUAGCCAUCACCAACGACUUCUCCGCCAUCAUCGUCACCUAACUCAGACCCUAGCUAGCGACUGAAGAAGAAGAUGAGCUCCUCCCCAGCGGAACCAGCUGUGUGCGGCGGCGGCGGCAAGACGUCGUGGCCGGAGGUGGUGGGGAUGAGCAUAGAGGAGGCCAAGAAGGUGAUCCUCAAAGACAAGCCCGACGCCGACAUCCAGGUGCUGCCGGUCGGCACGCCGGUGACCAAGGAUUUCCGCCCCAACCGUGUCCGGAUCUUCGUCAACACCGUCGCCGAGACGCCCCAUGUGGGCUAGCUUAGCUGCUCAUAGCUGUUGCUCAGAGCAUCAUGCUGUGUGCCAAAUAAAGCCAUCUUCAGUAUGAAUAAUGGAUGUGUGUUCUUUCCCUAUAAAUCAAAUAAAUAAGCAAGGGAUGUGCCCCCAGCAUGUCCCUUUCGUCUAAAUAAUGCCAUAUUAUGUGUAAAGCAUCGAUCGUAUCCUGUCCUGGCAUGAAAAAGAUGAAUCAGCUAUA